AUGAAUUUAAUUUUAUAUUCACCAUCGAGAAAAGAAGAAGCGGAUGCGAUAAGAAAAAAAUUCCCCACGAAAGUACCUAUAAUCGUUGAUAGAUUUCACAAGGAAUCAAAUCUUCCGCAAUUAGAAAAAUCAAAAUUUUUGGUGCCACAGGAAAUAACCAUGUCGCAGUUUGUCACAAUUAUCAGGAAUCGAAUGAAAUUAGGAUCGAAUCAAGCUUUUUACCUACUCGUUAACAAUCGAUCCAUGUUGAGCCUGUCGAAAACAUUAUCGGAAGUUUAUAAGGAUCAUAAAGAAAAAGAUGGAUUCCUUUACAUGACAUAUGCAUCGCAAGAGGUUUUCGGUUGA